AAAGCAAAUUAAUUUGGCGCAUUUUAAAUUCUUGCAACUGAUUGUCAAUAAAAACAAAAAAAAUCAUGGCACAGUCUAGCAUGAAGGUGGAUCUCUCCAAUUUCUUCAAGGAUGAACGUAGUCAGUCGUUGGUUUUCAUCAAUUCGACUUGGCAAAACAUCAAGGACGUACAAGAUCAUAUCCAAAAUCUAUUUAGUUUGAAAAACAUUAACCUGCUUACCACUGAUGGAUGUUUUUUGCCUCCAAAGGAAUCUAUCAAAGUGCUUAAUUCAGCCAAAGGACUUAAAGUUUUCCAAUUUGCUGGUCAAGACAGGAACACCUUUGAGAGUCCUGCACCAGUAAAAUCCAGCAAGAAGCGUAAGAGUCGUUCCGCCGAUGAAGAAGUUCACAUAUCCGCAUCCACUCCUCUCCGGUCUUCGAAGCGCUUUAAAAUACAAAAUAAUCCAAAAUGGGUGGACAUUACCUCAGACAAAUCUCGUGAAAAAUCGGAGAACCGUGAUGAGGCGGAUCCUGGACACUCUUUGAAGUCAAAGCGUUCUAAACAAAAAUGCCAUGCUGAAUCCCACGAAAUAAUAGCGGAUAAGGAAAUACCAAAGAAGGAAGGUUUUCUUCGGCCUCCGGCAAGUUCCAAAACCAAGAAGAAGCCGAAGUCAAAGGAAGUUUAUGCGGCGAAAUUCGAUUUAUCAGCUGCAGAUAAGGAUCCUGAUCUAGCGAUUUCUAACCUUGAGGAGCCAAACCUGUCAACAAACAAUAACCACGCCAAGAUCGCUUCAACUUCUGAAAGUUUGAAAAACUCAACUUUAUCGAAAUCGCCUGAGAUUUCACUUACAACCUUUGUGGAACAAAAAAAUGAAGAAAUUUCUAUUUCAAGAAAGAACAUUUCUGAUGCAGCUGAGCGGAAGGAGGAAGCACCCAUUCGUCCUUCAAUUUUAUUUCGUUGCCCUCUCUCGGAACUGGACUCCAACAUUGCGCGCACAUUCAAAUUACCUAUUAAAAAAACGCAGGUUGAAAUAAUUGAAAAUAUAAUUCUAAGGCCCUUAAACGGGAAUCUUGCAGCGCAGAAAGAACCUAAAAAAAAUGAAGCAAAGCCUUUACCAGUUCAAGAGGAGGUGAAAAACCUAGCAGUUAACGGAAAUGAAUCAUCAAAUGAGUUGUUAAAACCCGAGUCCCCUCAAGAAGUGGAAGUGCCAAGAGAGGCGAUUCAAGCAUCUCCAAAAGGUAAAGAGGAUAACACAGAAUCUAAAGAAAUCACUUUUGCUGAAACAACUGAGAAAAUAAUUGAAGCUGAAAUAACUUAUCCAGAGGAUCCAUUUAGAGCUGAUACCACUCUUCCGAAAGAUACUACAAAAACUGAAGCCAUCCCUCCAGGCGACUCAACUGGGACUGCGACUGAACCUGACGAUUCUGCUGAAACUGAACUUAUUCUUCCGGACAAUACAAUUAACACGGCUUUAGGUCUUUCAGCCCAUACGACUAAAACCGAAGCAGCUUUGCCAGACGAGGCAGAUAGUUCCCUCAUAAAAACCGAAGAAGAAUCUAAGGAUAUACAAAUCCCACCAGCGCGCAUUUGCACUGAUAAUUUUAUUUCAGAUUCUGACGAUGACGUGAUGCUGGUGGAUGACACCAACAUAGAUGAUUCGGACUCUGAUGUGGAGGCCGUUCCAGACUCCAAGGAAAAAGGAACCUCAGAUAUUAUUGAGGAUCUAUUGCAGACUGCAACUUCGCUAACCAGCUUGCCAACAAGGGGAGAUACGAUUUUGUUUAAGCUGCAAAAGAUCAAAGGAAUUGCUAGUUCAGGCACAACUGAGUUUAUCGCCGGCAAUUGCACUUAUGUAAACCGCCGCACCAAAACGAUCACUGUUGAGACCAUAACCAUCCCCCCUGGAAUUAAACGCAUUUUGAGCCAAUAUGUGAGCAGCUUAGACGAUUCUUCAGAAGAAUUGCCUACUUUAAGCAUUAAUAUUAAGGACAUGAUAGAUGCCAAAAUCGUGGUAGCCACAAUAGACUAAUUAAGUGUACAUUCAUCUGUUCUACCUUCAGGGAUUCGUAUUUUUUAUGGUUUUUAAAAUAUAAACGAUUAAGCAACA